AUGUUCGGUAAACAAGCAGCACGUUAUGACCUCAGGCUUGGCAGCUCGUGCUUCUUCGCUUCAACAAAUCAGUCUACCAGUUCUCCAAGCCCAAUUACGGGGAGGCUUUGCGUUACGUUUCCUCAGGCUGUUUGGGUUAACCGCAUCAAGCUCAUAUUGACCAGGGCGCUGAAAAUACCCGUGGAAGGAACCAUAACCACCAAGGACCGCGAGCAUAUAACACAUGUGCAAGAGCUGGAGCUCGCCUCAUCCAAAACGCACCGUCCUUUCAACCUCCCGCCCGGAGAUUACGAGUUUCCCUUCGAGAUUCCUUUGCGAGAAAUCGUUCUUGAAACAGUCACCGGCCCCGGGCAUAAUUACCGUACUUAUCGGAUAGAUGCCAUUGUUGAGCGCACUUACUGGAAAGAUACGAUCGUGUCGCAGCCUCUCAGGAUUUAUAAUGCCCCGAAUACUGAGUGGAAUGAUAUAAACAGCUGGUAUCCCCUGACUGUUGAAGGCCAGUCCGACCAAAACAUUCUGCAUUGCGCGUCAAUACCCAGUUCACAUAUCCCCUUUGGGUCCACAUUCUCCAUUGCAUGCGGAUUCCAGGUCCCGUCAAAAGAUGUCAAACUGCGGACCGUUACAAUCGAAGUUAUCGAGAAGCAUAAACUCCUCUUAGAUGCCACCGCUGCCGAAGCCGCGCUUGGUAUCCUUCACAUCACAAGCGCCAAAGACCUCACGGUCUUCAGGGAGAGGCUUGAGCCUGUUCCAGAAAGUGGCUUGGUCAGCUGUACUGGGACCGAAUGGUGCAUCAGCACACAGGCCUUACUGCCUGUGAGCUUCGACUUGUGCUCACAAAGUGUGAUGACCAGGACUGUAAAGAUAAUGCAUUCCCUCGUCAUCACUAGUGAGUUUGAACAUGAGAACGGCGAGUUGUUUGAUACGGUAUGUAAUUCAAUCUUAGAAGAGGAUUCAACGCCAGAAGUUGGCUGA